AUGUCUAACUGCUCAAGCUACGGGUUGAGUUACGCACAUCGGCAAGAUAAAUCUCCUUCACAAGAAUAUUAUGGAGAGAAUUCUGAACAAUACAUACAUAAACCAUCACCCACGCAAACGUUUAGUCGCGAGUCGCCUAUAAGAGCAACUCGUCGCCGUUCUCCGUCAUCAAAUGUACGAAAAUCUCGUAAUCGUUCAAGAAGGAGCAGAUUUCUGCCAUCACGAAGAUCAAGGAGCAGUUCCCUAUCAUCACAAUUAUCAAGAUGUAGUUCUCUAUCAUCACGAAAAUCGAGCAAUUCUCUAUUAUCACGAAGAUCAAGGAGCAAUUCUCUAUUAUCACGAAGAUCAAGACAUAGUUCGCCUCAAAAGUCAAGUUGUAAUUCUUUGUUGUCACAAAGAUUAAGCAUUUCUCCAUCACGAAGGUCAAGGCGUAGUUUUUCACCACAAAUAUCAAGAUCUAGAUCUCCCACUCAAAGCAUGAGAAAUGAUUCUCCAUCACGAAGGUCAAGGCGUAGUUUUUCACCACAAAGGUCAAGAUCUAGAUCUCCACCUCAAAGCUUGAGAAAUGAUUCCCCAUCAAGAAAAUCAAGGUCUCCCGUUCGAAAUUCAGAAAAGCGACCCUUUGUAUCAUCGCCGAGAACAAGAACAAGAACAAGAUUCUUUUCAUACCAUAAUGUUCAGCGGCAUACUAUUCCUAAUUCCAAUAAAGUUUAUCAUAUUCCAACUUUUCAGAAUUCAAAAAACAUUAUAAAUAGCCACAGAUUCAAUUAUUUAAAAGAUGAUAUGAAUACGGCGAAUACAGAUUUACAAGAAUCAAAUGCAGGAAAAAAUUCAUUUAUGCGACCUUACAAUAGAAAAAAAUAUAAUGUAGAUAGGAAUAUCACAAACUAUAUGCCGUCUCGGCAUAAAGGAACAUCUAAAAAAUUCGAAGAGAUCAAUCAAAAACCGACUGCUAGCUUUACUAUCUCUGAAAUUACAAGAGGCAACGAAACAGUAAAAGGAACAGACACAAAACCGAGAUUAUUGUUCCAAACUCCUAAGUUCGCCUGUGAAUCUAGCCUGCGAACACCUUUAAUUCAUAAAACUAUCAUUAGCGAUGCGAGAGCUGACAUUAUCGAUUUUAUUUUGAAAUUUUGUAUUCGUCUGCAAUUACCUAUGACAAUUGUUGCGGCUGUAUUACAGUCUUAUCAUAAAUAUCAUGAAUAUAAUAGUAAGCGCAAAAUCAACUGGCAUGGACAAUUUAUAGACGAAUUUGGAUUCGAUGAUGAACUUUUGGGAAUCUCCUGUAUAUUGAUUGAAAUUGAAAACACCAAAUAUUUUAAAGGAAUUCGAAAAGCUACUACUCUUGGUUGGAGAUUAAAGUACCCGAAUGUUCCCCUGGAUGAUUGUGACAAACUAAAGAAGACCGUCAAGAUCAUGAUGUCUAACGUCAAAAAUGCAAUUGGUCGGGAGUCACUCAACAAGACGCCUAUUGAUUCAGCAUCUCGUGUAAUUCAGACCUUAAAAGAUGAAUUCGAACUAAAUGCAAACCCAUUGUUCAAUAAGUUUGUGCAAAAUGUUUGGACAAUGAUUAUCAACUGCCUUUGUUCUACUCGCAUAGCAAUGACAUAUAGUUCUGAUGAAUUGGCCACAGCGUUUUGUGCUGAAUCUGGUGGUAGCAAUCCUUUAAGAAUCAAAGAUGCUAUCUUGGAUAUUGUGACCAUGAAACAAGGAAACCAAUUUAGCGGUGUUGAAUUGACAUAG